AAAAUAUGUUUUAUGAUAUAAUAUACUCCGUACCAUAUUAUUGUUGGAUUAGUAAAAAUAUAUAUUCUAAAGAUCAUUUUUUUUAGAAGAAGCAUAUUAUUUUUUUUUUUUUUUUUCAAUUUUUACAUUCAUAAAUCAAUAGUUGAUACCCAUACAUAUGUAAAUAAUAUGCGGUUAGUAUAUGUUUAAAAGUCAAGCUGUUGCAGUAAGGUGUACCAUUUUAAGUCGAGCCACAUUUAUAAGGUUGCAACCCCAUACCCUUGUCAUACUUUAUCAACACUAAAAUAUACGUCAAUGUAACAUAAUAAGAAAAUAAGCGCAUAGAGAGCUAGCAAUGCUUGGGCAUUUGGCAACGUAUAACUGAACAAGGAAGAUAAGCUAAGCUCAGCUAACUAGCUAAGACAUCACAAACAAUUCCCCGCACCCACAACUAACUAACUUGAUUGCUUAUAUUCUUUUACAUAUAUUAACAUAUAUACGCUACUCAGCUUCAUUAGAAACACAACUUGAAAUUUAGCCUUUGCUAAUUAAGAGAUAGAGAGAAAAUGGAAGGCGAAUUAGCGAUGUUUGAAGGUGAAAAUGAGAGUAAAGGAUAUCCAAUUAAGACAAUUGUGGUGUUGGUUCAAGAGAAUAGAUCAUUUGAUCAUAUGCUUGGUUGGAUGAAGCUACUCAACCCUCAUAUUGACGGGGUCACGGGUCAUGAGUCCGUUCCUUUGAAUACUUCGGAUCCGAAUUCCGCCCGUAUCAAAUUUGGUGAUGGCUCCGUUUAUGUCGAUCCUGACCCGGGUCACUCCAUCCAAGACAUCUAUGAACAGAUUUUUGGAGAGCCAUGGAGCCAAGAAUCAGCACAAAAGAAGGAACCCCCAAAAAUGCAAGGAUUUGCACAGAAUGCAAAUCGGAUCAAACCCGGAAUGGAUGAAGCCGUGAUGAAUGGGUUCAAACCCGAACUUUUACCAGUUUACAAGGAGCUGGUAAGCCAAUUCGCGGUUUGUGAUAGGUGGUUCGCUUCAAUCCCUGCCUCCACACAACCAAAUAGGCAGUACAUCCACUCAGCCACAUCUCAUGGCUUAACAAGCAAUGAUAGCAAAAAGCUCAAGGCAGGAAUGCCUCAAAAGACCAUAUUUGAUUCUUUACACGAGGCUGGUCAUAGUUUCGGUAUUUAUUAUCAACUCCCUCCGGCCACUCUUUACUACAGGAACCUAAGAAAAUUGAAGUACAUACCAAAAUUUCACCAAUUCGAUAUCACAUUCAAGAGACAUUGCAAGGAAGGAAAGCUACCAAACUAUGUGGUAAUAGAACAAAGAUACUUAGACUUAAAAUUAUUGCCAGGGAACGAUGAUCAUCCAUCCCAUGACGUCUCAAUAGGUCAAAAAUUCGUCAAAGAAGUUUAUGAAGCAUUAAGAUCUAGUCCUCAAUGGAAUGAAAUGUUGUUCAUAAUAACAUAUGAUGAGCAUGGUGGUUUCUUUGACCAUGUUCCCACCCCUGUAGAAGGUGUUCCGAGCCCUGAUGAUAUCGACGGUCCAGCUCCGUAUAAUUUUAAGUUUGAUCGUCUUGGUGUUCGGGUUCCUACCAUUUUCAUAUCCCCUUGGAUCCAACCCGGAACAGUGAUACAUGCUCCUAAAGGACCACAACCAACAUCCCAAUUUGAGCACUCCUCAAUUCCAGCAACAGUUAAGAAGAUUUUCAACUUGAAAGACUUCCUUACAAAACGCGAUGCAUGGGCUGGAACUUUCGAAGUUGUCUUAAACCGAACCACCCCUAGAUCUGACUGCCCAGUUACAAUGCCUGAGCCGGUGAGACUAAGAGACUUCGAGGCAAGAGAACAGAAGAAGUUAUCAGACUUUCAAGGAGAAAUGGUACAACUAGCAGCGUGCUUAAAAGGAGACCAUAAAAAAGACACUUAUCCAAACAAAUUAGUUGAGGAAAUGAAUGUUGCUCAUGCUGCUGACUAUUGCAACGAAGCCUUGAAGGUUUUUUUACAAGAAUGUGAGAAAGCAAGGCUUGAUGGAGUCGAUGAUGACACGGUCAUUGACAUCGGAGACAAUGAAGAACAAGGCAUACAUAUUAAGGAGAAGGAUGAAAAUUCGCUUGUUCAUAAGGUUUUUUCAUGCUUGGCUUGCAACAACAAUUAAAGGAAAUCUUCAUGUGAUAAUGUUUUACUAAUUUGGGUGUUUUUUUAUUUGAGUGUUUCCUAACAACUUUUACACCGCAUAUAAUGUUAGCAUUAUGAGUUUUUAUUUUAAUCAAACAAUAUAAACACAUAUGCCGAAGAUCUUAUGAGAGUAAAGUUGCGUGCAUCUAUCCAUUCAUUUUCUUUUAUCCAACGUGACGGGUUUUGGAGGCAAACAAGAUAAAUUUGAUGUUGAAAUUUAUUUAAAAAAAAAUAAAAAAAAUUAAGUAUAAUUAAUUUCCCUCACCACGGUUUACUCCUUUUGUCAAUUACUUGUUCUCUAGGUGAUUUUAGUAAUAAGAAUGUGGUAUUGUGGUUAACUACACUCCAACUUACACAAUAAAAUUAGACUUCUAUGAAAAUCAAAAAACGUGAGAAAAUGCAACUAAAUUAUGUAAAAUGCUACUACUAAAUUGUUUUUGUGAAUAUAGCCACUAAUAGAACAAUUGAUGUUACCAACUUACCUCUUAAAAUGAUCCAAGUGUUAGAAAUGAUAAUGACUAAAAUGAAGAG